AAGAAGUCCAUAGGUCCAGCAUGAUAGCCUGUUCUAUGUCUGAUAGCAAAGACAUAGAAAGUUCCUGUUUCCACACGACCCUGGAUGCCAGCGUUGUAAAGGCAAAUGCUACAAAUGCAGGACAACACGGAAUUCCUGAGCAACUUCACAUCGAAUUAUCCAACCUUCUUGUUGACUGGUAUCCCAGGUCUAGAGUCUGCUCAUGCCUGGAUCUCCAUCCCCUUCUGUUGUCUUUAUGCCACUGCCCUCUCUGGAAACAGCAUGAUCCUCUUUAUCAUUGUGACUCAGCAUAGUCUGCAUGAACCUAUGUAUUAUUUUCUCUCCAUGCUCUCAGCAACUGACCUGGUUUUGACUGUUUCUACAAUGACAACCACCUUGAGGAUCCUGUGGUUUCAUGCAAAUGAAAUCAGUCUAGAUUUGUGCAUUGUUCAGAUGUUUUUUCUUCAUGGGUUCACUUGUAUAGAAUCUGGGGUGCUAGUGGCUAUGGCUUUUGACCGUUAUGUAGCAAUUUGUAAUCCUCUUAGAUACACCACAAUUCUUACUAAUUCUAGAAUCAUUCAGAUGGGUUUCCUAGUGAUUAUGCGCACUAUAGUAUUAAUAAUUCCCCUACUUUUGCUCCUUAAGCCUGUUUCUUUCUGUAAAGUGAAUACCCUCUCCCAUUCCUACUGUUAUUAUCCAGAUGUGUUUAAGUUAGCAUGUUCAGACAUUCGGGCCAACAGCAUAGGUGGAUUAGUUGGUCUCAUUCUGACCACAGGGGUAGACACUCCAUGCAUUGUCUUGUCUUAUGUAUUGAUCAUUCGCUCUGUCCUCACUAUUGCCUCCUCUGUAGAACGGUACAAAGUCUUCAGCACCUGUGUGUCCCACAUUGGAGCAGUUGCGAUUUUCUACAUCCCUAUGUUUAGCUUGUCCCUAGUGCAUCGCUAUGGUCGGUCAGCCCCCAAAGUAGUCCAUUCAAUGAUGGCCAACGUUUACCUUCUUUUACCCCCUGUGCUCAACCCAAUCAUCUAUAGUGUAAAAACUAAACAAAUCAGAAAGGCUAUCCUUAGUUUGCUCCUUGCAAAAUAA